AUUCCCCCACAGUCACAUCAGGCUCUGUGUUUCCGAGGAACACCGCGCGCCAGCCUCUGAUUCCGACUGCUGUUACCUGCAGGUGCUCUGGAAACUUCAAAAUGCGACUGGAAGAACUGAAAAGAUUACAGAAUCCUUUAGAUCAAGUUGAUGAUGGAAAAUAUUUGCUUGAGAAUCACCCGCUGGCCAUGGAUGCGGAGAAUAACAUUGAAAAGUACCCCCUCAGUCUGCAGCCCUUGGAGUCAAAAGUGAAAAUCAUUCAGCGAGCAUGGCGAGAGUACUUGCAGAGGCAGGACCCCCUGGAGAAGAGGAGCCCGUCCCCACCCUCCGUCUCUUCAGACAAGCUGAGCAGCUCGGUCAGCAUGAACACAUUCUCCGACAGCAGCACACCCGAUUACCGAGAGGAUGGGAUGGAUCUAGGCAGUGACGCCGGCAGCAGCAGCAGCAGCCGCGCCAGCUCACAGUCCAACUCCACCAAAGUGACCCCUUGCUCCGAGUGCAAAUCCUCAUCGUCGCCGGGGGGCAGCCUGGACUUGGUGUCUGCUCUGGAGGACUAUGAGGAGCCCUUCCCGGUCUACCAGAAGAAGGUGAUUGAUGAGUGGGCUCCGGAGGAGGACGGGGAGGAGGAGGAAGAGGAGGACGAUCGAGGGUAUCGGGAUGACCGCUGUCCGGCCCGGGAGCCCGGGGACGUGAGCGCCAGGAUCUGCAGCAGCGGCGGCGAGGGCAAGAGCGCCACCACCACCAUGCCGUCCCCGAUGCCUAACGGCAACCUCCACCCGCACGACCCCCAAGACCUCAGGCACAAUGGCAACGUGGUUGUGGCCAGCCGGCCGAGCACCUCCCGGGCUCCCCGCCGAGCCAUCCAGAAGACCCAGCCUCCCGGGAGCCGGCGCGGAGGCCGAAGCCGGGCAGCUGGGGGGCUCUGCGUUCAGCCUCCGGACGGUGGGACGUGCGUCCCGGAAGAGCCCCCGGUGCCCCCGAUGGACUGGGAGGCUUUGGAAAAGCAUCUGGCCGGGCUGCAGUUCCGGGAGCAGGAGGUGCGAAACCAGGGUCAGGCGAGGACCAACUCCACCUCUGCACAAAAAAAUGAGAGAGAGUCUAUCAGACAGAAGUUGGCCCUUGGAAGCUUCUUUGACGAUGGCCCCGGAAUCUACACCAGCUGUAGCAAAAGCGGGAAGCCCAGCCUUUCCUCCAGACUGCAGAGCGGGAUGAACCUUCAGAUAUGCUUUGUCAACGACAGCAGCAGCGACAAGGACAGCGAUGCAGACGACAGUAAGACUGAGACCAGCCUGGACACCCCCUUGUCGCCCAUGCUGCCACACAUGCCUCACAUAAGUGAAUGUUUGAUGAAAAGAAGUUUAAAGCCCACUGACCUGAGAGACAUGACGAUCGGGCAGCUACAGGUGAUCGUCAACGAUCUCCACUCCCAGAUUGAAAGUUUGAAUGAAGAGUUGGUCCAGCUGCUCCUCAUCCGAGAUGAGCUGCACACAGAACAAGAUGCCAUGCUGGUGGACAUAGAAGACUUGACCAGACACGCUGAGAGUCAGCAGAAGCACAUGGCAGAGAAAAUGCCUGCGAAGUGAAAGGGGGUCAUCCACCAGAGGACAAGCUAGAAUUUAUUUUGCUUCUGUGGUCGUGAAAAACGCUGUUGCUAAAGGUGGCUUCCAAAACAGACGUCAGUGUUAGUCAUUGGUAACGUCGUCCGAGCUUACUGUCCCGUGACUGGCCUUCGCUUCUUAAUUUAUUUUCAUUUUUUUACUCGUGCCACUUAAUAUCAGGCCUUUUAAUAAACUAUUGUUACAAGAAGUGUACAGUACUCACACCACCAACAACCGUGGACGAGCAGAGGGUAGUUUGAACUUUAUUUUUAUUGUGUAGAGACUUUGAGUUGGAACAGUAUUUCGCCAUUGACUACUCCCUUCCAUUCUUCACUGUAGUUUUGAAGAGGGACUGUAAAUGACGGUGCUAUACAAGUCAAAAUACAUGCCCGCCUCCUAGUGAAGUCGUAGCUCUCCAUACUACGUCUAUUUUCAUCAGUUUUCAACAUUUUGUGAAUGUUGACUACCUGAGGUUCAUUCUUAGACGUGCUAUUAACAUUCUGUUGGAUCCACACGGUUCCUUGAAAGUUUUAUGUAUAAAUAUGUAAAAUAAAAAUUAAAACUUUGUUUCA